ACGGAAGUCGGCGCGCGCUUCUCGCUUGUAUUCAGCAAAGUAAAACAGGCUGCUGUGUAGGUCGGCUUUAAAAAGUAUCACAUCGCACACGGGGUGAAGAGAAUAAAAAGCUGAUGUUUACUGGAACAUCUCAAUGGAUGUGAAACGGGAGAGCUGUGAUGUGGACACAAAUAUCAUGGAUAUUAAGGAGGAGAACUGUGAGUUGGAGUCCAUCUACCUUAAACAGGAAAGUCUCUUCAUUAAGGAGGAGAGCAGUGAACUGCAGACAGUGGGCAUUAAAGAAGACGAAGAAGAGAGGUCCGUCAGUAUUGAGACACUUAUCCAUACAAAUCUGGACAGUGUAAAAGAAGACAACCUUCAUGAUGGGUGUCAAGAUGGAGUGGUGACCAAAUUAGACUCUUCUCAAAGCAGACACUGUUCAUCUCCAGAGCCUUCUGUCAAUGUGAAGACUGAAUCAUUACAGUCUAAAGCAAAGAGGACUAAGAAAACUACAUCUGUUAGAGCUCGGGAAAAUCGGCCAACAUCUGCAAAGAAGUCUGGAAAAAGAAACAAAGAUCAGUGCAGUUUGGAAUCUGGAAAAGAAUUCUGUGGCAGGAGUGCUCUUCAGAAACACCCUAGAGUUCACACGGGAAAGAAGCCAUAUUGCUGUACUGAAUGUGGUAAACUGUUUUCAAAAAUGAGCAGUCUUCAGAGACACACUAGAGUUCACACUGGAGAGAAGCCGUAUUGCUGUAAUGAAUGUGGUAAAAAGUUUUCACGUAAAAGCAGUCUGAAGAUCCACACUAGAGUUCACACGGGAGAGAAGCCAUAUUGCUGUAAUGAAUGUGGUAAACGGUUUUCACAAAUAGGCCUUCUUCAGAGACACACUAGAGUUCACAGCGGAGAGAAACCAUAUAGCUGUAAUGAAUGUGGUAAACAGUUUUCACGUAUGGGCAUUCUGAAGAACCACACUAGAGUUCACACAGGAGAGAAGCAGUAUUGCUGUACUGAAUGUGGUAAACAGUUUUCACAAAUGGGACAACUUCAGAGACACACUAGAGUUCACACAGGAGAGAAGCCAUAUUGCUGUACUGAAUGUGGUAAACAAUUUUUACGUAUAUGCAGUCUUCAGACCCACACUAGAGUUCACACUGGAGAGAAGCCAUAUUGCUGUACUGAAUGUGGUAAACAGUUUUCACAAUUGGGCCAUCUUCAGAAACACCCUAGAGUUCACACGGGAGAGAAGCCAUAUUGCUGUACUGAAUGUGGUAAACAGUUUUCACAAGUGAGCUAUCUUCAGAAACACUGUAGAGUUCACACUGGAGAGAAGCCAUAUUGCUGUACUGAAUGUGGGAAACAGUUUUCACGUAUAAGCAGUCUGAAGAUCCACACUAGAGUUCACACCGGAGAGAUGCCAUAUUGCUGUAAUGAAUGUGGUAAACAAUUUUUACGUAUAUACAGUCUUCAAAGACACACUAGAGUUCACACGGGAGAGAAGCCAUGUUGUUGUAAUGAAUGUGGUAAACAGUUUUCAGAAAUGAGCAAUCUUCAGAGACACACUAGAAUUCACAUGGGAAAGAAGCCAUAUUGCUGUAAUGAAUGUGGGAAACAGUUUUCACUUUUAAACAGUCUUCAGUGCCACACUAGAGUUCACACUGGAGAGAAGCCAUAUUGCUGUAAUGAAUGUGGGAAACAGUUUUCAAAUAUGAGCAAUCUGAAGGACCACACUACAGUUCACACUGGAGAGAAGCCGUAUUGCUGUACUGAAUGUGGUAAACAGUUUUCAUUAAUGAGCGGUCUUCAAAGACACACAAGAGUUCACACCAGAAUUAAAAGGUUAUCAUUUCAAAAAUCAGUCCUGAAAAACAAGCACCCUUCAGGACUCGAGAGUGAGUUUCACUCCUGAUCUGAAAAGUUAGGAAACUAAAUUAUUGUUGACAAAUUAACCUCUGAGAGAAGCCAUAUUACUGUUUGGAAUGUGGCAAACAAAUCUGUCAGAGGAGUUCUUCUCCGAGACGCACCAGAAUUCACACUAGAGAGAAGUACAAAUAAACUGUCCUGACUAAAGAAUGAGGUUCACUCCUGCGUGGACAAUAAGCACAUGUAACUGACUGGAAUCCAUCCUUCUUAGUAUUGCGUCAGAAACAAAUCAACAUAGUGGAGAAUUAGAAGUUUAUAUCCUUUUUCCUUUUCCAGAAACAAAAUAAAGAACAGGGCGUUAUACAAAUGCUUCUCACCAAAGCCCCUACAACCUCCAUCAUGGGCCUAGCUCUGCUUUCAUAACAUACAUAUAGAACUAUUUAUAAUAAAUUAUACACAUUUCAUCAUAAAAGAAUUCUUUACAAUAUACAUAACCUCACAUUAAUCACAGUUCAGCUAUAUAAUAUAUAUUUUUCUAUUUCUAUAUAACAAAAAAUAAAAUAACAUACCUUUCUAAAAACUUACUGUAGCACCCAUCUUCUCUUACUGAGGGUUCUUACCUGAGUUGUUUGUUUUCUUCAUUUUUCCUUCUUUACUAACUUUAAAUAUAACCUUUUACUUUAGCGUUCUCAGCACAACUGUUUCAAGGAACAAACCUUUGUUACUAAGUAAUUUCCAUAACUCUACCAUUAAUUUUACAAUUCGUUACUAGACUCCACAUAAGGAUACUACAGCCACCUGCCAAACGUGAUUUUUUUCUUGAUAUGGCUUAGCCAGCAAUUAUAAAAAAAAAAACACCAAAGUUCAAUAUUUUAAAUAAAUUAACUACUUACAUAUAUACAUAACACAUCCAUACAAAAGUAUUAACUUAAAUAAUCCAAGAAAUUUAUAUUAAUGUUGAACCAGCAGUCCUUACUUUGAAUGCAAAGAUAUAAAUAAACAAGUGCAAUCCCCUUAUAAAACCUAAGCCGGCAAACUAAAUAAAAGGAACCAAACAAAAGUUGGCGAAAAGAUACCGCAGAUAAGCGUUGCAGGCCUGUUACUUGAAGGUGAUUGCGACGUUACUCGGCGACGGCCUCUUAUGCUGUAAUAGAGCAGACGGGUCUCAUUUUCUGUUUUCCAGCAGAUGUGCAUCCCCUUUCGUUUCUUUCCUAGCGAGUAUCAACUCUAAGCGAUAGUUGGUCAGCUGUAACAAUAUCCGAUAUUGGCAAUAUAAUCCAAUGUCUGCUGACAUAUUCCGUGUUCGGUGUUUCACGGACAGUGCUCCCUAGCUCACCGGUUUAGUGUUCUCGACCAGUCCGUCCAAACUUCAACACGUUCACGUUUUUCUGUUCCGACUGUUAAUUCUGUGCUGGAAUCCGGUCUUUUUUUUUUUUUCUGUCUCUUUAUAUGCCAUGGACCGCAUUUCAAUCCACACUUUCAGCGCAAAUGCUCAGUUCCCUUCUUUUUUUUUUCUUGCCCCUUCUGACCUCUGACCCCCGCUUUUCGCUGCUUUCCAAACCAGUAAAAUAAUUUAUCAUAAAUACCAGCAUUUAUGUUUUACAUUUAAAACCUUAGAAAUUACAUAUCUUAACAAAAUGUACAAUAAAUUUAACUGGAUUAAUCAAAUAUAUGUUACACCAUUGAUAUUACAACCUCAUAACUUGUGUUUUAAAGGGCUACAUAACAAAAAAAAAGAAACAGGGUGCCAUACAAACAGCUUCUUGCCAGUGCUUAUUAAAUAAGAAAUCAAAUCAUCCAUCCAUUAUCUGACCCCCUACAUUCUAACUACAGUGCCACGGGGGUCUGCUAGAGCCAAUCCCAGCUAACACCGGGCACAAGGCAAUAAACAAACCCUGGGCAGGGUG